AUGGACUCCAAAGAAAUAUUGGCUGUGCAUUCCAUGCUCCACCUCAUAUUUCAUCGAAACAAGAACCAACAUCACAGGACAACAUGGUGGAAGUGGUUAUCCAUGUUGAAACGAGCUACCGCAGACCUGGCCCGGUCCCUGGAUGCCGAUGCGACCAGUGUGGAAUCCCAGAAACAGCACCUAGCGGCUCACAUCAUUCCGAGGUGCUAUAUGGCCUUUUCAACUGUUGUUGCUGAUAAUCAAUUUUCUACGCUUGGCAUUGUCCUGAUGGCUGCGUUGGCGCGAUUGUCUAAAGUUACUGGAAUCAGUCGUGAGAUGAAGAUGCAAGUUGCACCUGGCAAGACUACUAAGAAAGCAAGUCCUGUUACUAUGACAGAGGAUCUUGGGGAACGAGUUUGUCGUGAAGAUGAUGCUCUGAUGACUCGUCCAGUUCAUGCUUCUCGACCUGUUGACAAGAAAUCCGCUUCCAAGGAGAAGCCGGAGAAAGACCGCAGUUCUUCGAAGAGUGUGAAGAAAACGAAGAAAAAGAAGAACGCUAUUGAUGAUUUGUUCAGCGGUUUAUUUUGA